CGUGGCGCUUGAGGCGGCGCUUCUUGAGGCGGCUUGGUCGUCUUCGUCGCCUCGGGGUCUCCGCCGCGCGUCUGCCGAGAGAGAGGAUGUGCGAGCCCAGCAAGCAGGACAUCGGCGCCGUUUUCCGGAGGCUCCGCGCCGUCCCCACGAACAAGAUAUGCUUCGACUGUGGAGCGAAAAACCCAAGCUGGGCAAGCAUAACGUAUGGCGUUUUCCUGUGUAUUGACUGCUCAGGGACUCAUCGAUCACUUGGGGUUCACUUGACUUUCAUUCGGUCUACAGAAUUAGAUUCUAACUGGUCAUGGUUUCAGCUGAGAUGUAUGCAAGUUGGAGGAAAUGCUAAUGCUUCUGCAUUUUUCCACCAACAUGGUUGCACUACAACUGACACCAAUGCUAAGUAUAGCAGUCGUGCUGCUCAACUUUACAGGGAAAAAAUUAAGUCGCUUGCAGCUCAGGCAACACGGAAGUAUGGUACUGAUUUGUGGAUAGAUGGCAGUGGAGCCCCUCCUCUAUCACCACAGGAAAAAGAGGAAGACUUCUUUGCAUCUCACGUUUCUCCUCGGGUUAUCAACACGGAAUGGGAGUUGUCACAUCAGGAGACAAUUACUCUAAAACAGACUUCUCUAGAAAAUGAUUCAGAAAGCAAAGAAGAAGAACCAGAACAUGGACCAAGUGUUGACUGCCUUAGUGUCUCGCCACAAGCUUCAUUAGCCAACUCGGAGAAUGUAAAUGCUUCAGGCACCACACAUAGCAAAGAGGCCAGCUCCAUGAUAAAGAAGAAGCCAAAUCAAGUAAGAAAGGGGCUUGGAGCCAAGAAAGGUGGUUUGGGGGCCCAGAAAAUGAGCAGCAAAAGCUUUAACGAAAUUGAGAAGCAAGCCCAAGCCGUAGAUAAAAUGAAAGAAGAUAUGCAUGCUGGCAAAAGAACUGAGAAGGAAGAGCCGCUGGUGUCAUCAUUACGACUGGCCUACAAAGAUCUUGAAAUUCAGAUGAAAGAUGAAAAAAUAAAUAUGGCUGGUAAAAAGAAAACUGAGGUAGAAAGACUUGGCAUGGGAUUUAACAGCAAUAGAAGUGGCAUUUCCCAUUCCGUAAUUUCAGAUAUGCAAAUCAUAGAACAAGAAACACCUAUAAUUGCAAAACCAAGGAAAAAAUACAAUAAUAACAAUGAUGACGCUGACUCAUAUUUCUCUUCCCCUAGUUCAAGGUACUUUGAUUCCUCCGAACUGAGAAGUAGCACUUUCUCUAACUGGGACGACAACUCUGAUUCCUUCUGGAAGAAAGAGAGCAGCAACAGAGACUUAGAUACGAUUCUGUCUUCGAAAACUCCAAGCUACUUAGAUAGGCCUUCGUCUCGUCGUAAAGCCGAGUUUGAACCUCCUGCAAGCACAGAUGAGGCCCAGAAGAAAUUUGGCAACGUAAAAGCUAUUUCAUCAGAUAUGUACUUUGGGAAGCAAGACCAUGCUGACUAUGAAGCUAGAGUUCGGUUAGAGAGACUUUCAGGAAACUCUGCUAUAAGUUCAGCCGAUUUGUUUGAAGAACAGAAGAAACAACCAUCAGGAAGUUACAAUAUUUCACAUGUCUUGCCCACUGCUCCUGACAUGGCUCAGUUUAAACAAGGGGUGAAAUCUGUGGCUGGAAGACUUUCUGUCCUGGCAAAUGGAGUCAUGACUUCUAUACAGGAUCGUUAUGGUUCUUAACCAUUUGUUUUCAACUGAACUUGGAUACGCAGAAGAAUAGCUUUUUAAAAGCAAGCAAACAAACACCACAUCUGCCAGUGAUAAUAGUGCAAAUCUUAAAUGAAGGCUGUAGACUAUUUUGUUUUAAUUGAUUUCACACCUGUAUGUUUUUACCAUGUGUCCUCUCUGGUUCCUAGCCACCUUUCAUUUAACCUAGUGACUUGUUAUUACUUCUGCUUUCAUUCUGUUAGUGCUGUCUCUUCUGCUGUUUGUGGCUUUUUGGUGCUAUGAAUAGCUUCUCUGCCAUCACCGCCAAGAAUUUGGUUCUGAAGCCAGAAAAGAAAGGCAAAGCAUUAUGUUAUGUCUUAACGCAGAAUUUGUUAUAGACGAGCAAUGAGAUUAUUUUCAUAAUAUAUGCUUGUCACCUUAGCUCUUUUACUUGCCUCCUUCCACACGUGGCAAUACUGGAGUGGCCAUGAAACUGGUGCCCUUCCUAUCCAGUCGGUGGGUAGAAAGUAGUAUCUGGGCAGAGCGAUUCCUCAGGCAAUCGAAGGUGGGAUUUUCCCUACCAAAAUAUUUAAGCUACUACAUACAUUCCAAAGUCUGAAGUAAGGGAGACCUAAGGGAUUUUGGGCAUUACCUUCCAGGGCUGCAAGGAGGAGUGGAUUGAUGUACAUUCCUAAGGAAUGUUUCUGAUCUUGCGGCACUUGGAAAUAAGAAGGGGGUGUUGUGUGCAUCAUCCAAACAGACCCAUAGAAGAGGCCACAAAUCAACACAGAGUUAAGAAUGGGUUGAGUGCGUGUUGGAUUGUAUCUGGGGUGUCUUGAUAGUUUAAAACUAGUACUGCUGAACGUCUCAAAAUGGAAGUUAACUGAAAAGUUGAAAAGUGAAGUAGUAUUUGAAGCAUUAUUUUUUCCAUGUAAACAGGCUUGUCUAGAGCAGAGAUUUUGUCGCUUGUUAGACUCAUUUUCCCCAACCAGCAUUGCCAACGGUAGGAUUGGAGUUGUAGGCCAAAACAUCUUACGGGCCAUAGGUUCUGUAUCCCAACCUGUCCUGUGUUAAAGGACCUCGCUUUUGUGUGUUGGCGGUCUAUUUAUUCAUAACAGUUAAGUUUUCUUUUGAAUUUCAAUUUAGGCUCCUUAAGUGCUUUUAAACAAUCAAUAUGAUGUAUAAAAUUAAGACUAGAGUGUUUCUAUCUGUACAAGUAAAUAUGUGCACACAAAUAGAUAUAUUAUACAGAGAGAGAAUCUACAUAUGAAACUUGCAGGGCCAAACAGUCUCGUCUCUGGCUGUUUAAAUUUCUUAGUGAUGUUAACUUCCGUAAGAAUUUUAACACCAUCUUGGGAUUUAAGGACAAAAUACUGAAUAUGUGCAUAAAUGUAUAAAGAGUGGCUGUGUUUUAGACAGCCUGGAAGCAUAAUUCCUAAAAAUAAACUGAAUUGAAAACUUGGUGGCC